AUGGCUGAAGCAAUUCUUGUUGGUGGUGCAACUGAAAUACUGAAAGCCUUGACUGCUGUUAUUGCUGAUGAGAUUAUGUUGGUUUGGGGUGUAGAUGAUGAAUUCAAGAGGCUUAAAGGUACAUUGGAGAUGAUCUCUGCUGUGACUACUGAUGCUGAGAAUCGCCAAGUAAAUGACGAAGCUGUGAGACUUUGGCUGAGAAGGCUCAAGAGUGCUGCUUAUGAUGCUGAUGAUGUACUGGAUGAGUUCACCUAUGAAGCUAUGCGCCGAGAAGUCAUCUACAUUUUUCUGGUCAAGGUAAAAGGUCUCUUUACAUGUUCUAAUCGAUUAGGUUUUCGUGUGAAAAUGGCUCAUAGUAUUAAAAAUGUCAACCAAAAUUUUGAUGAUAUUGCUAUAGAGACGGCUAAAUUUCAGUUACAAGCUAAUGGCAGUUCAUCUAGUCAUGCCAAUAGGAGGCCGGACCGGAGUUCCCUAUCCUUCUCAGGUGAUUCAGUUGUGGUUGGAAGGGAUAUUGAUAGAUCAAAGAUUAUAGAUUUGUUGGUCAGUUCACCGGUAAACAAAUAUGAAGAGCGUGAAAAACUAUCGGUCGUAUCGAUAGUAGGCAUGGGUGGGUUAGGGAAAACAAGUCUAGCUAAAUUAGUCUACAAUGAUGAGUCUGUGAGGGACCAUUUUGAUCUCAAAAUAUGGGUUCAUGUGUCUGAGGAUUUUGAUUUGGACAAGGUUCUAAAAGAUAUCAUUGAAUCCAUUGAUGGUAAUAAGUACGAAAGCGGAUCAAAUGUCGAUGUGCUGGUACGUCAUGUUGGUGACAGGUUGAGAGACAAGAAGUAUUUACUAGUACUGGAUGACCUGUGGAGUGAAGAAAAUGAUAGAUGGGAGAGACUGAAAAGUUAUUUGAUGGGAGGUACACAAGGAAGUAAGGUUCUAGUCACUACACGUAAAAUUCAUGUUGCACGGGUUGUCGAAGGGAUCCUUCCAGCAUACCACUUGAAGCAAUUAUCAGCAGAUGACUGCUGGUCUAUCAUCAAGGAUAGAGCUUUUUCUCCUGGCGGGGCGACGGAAAAUGCAAGAAUGGUGCAGAUAGGGAAGGAUAUUGCUAAAAAGUGUUCUGGUUUACCCCUUGCAGCAAAAAUGUUAGGGAAUACUAUGCGCUCGAAGAAGGAUGAGCACGAGUGGUCUGCAAUUAGGGAAAGCGAUUUUUCUGACAAAGAGUUUUGGAACUCGAUCUUACGGAUAAUAAAAUUGAGUUAUGACGAUUUGCCAUCAAUGUCUAAGCAGUGUUUCUCACAUUGUUCUAUAUUUCCCAGGGGUCGGGAGAUGGACCGAGAAGCUUUGAUUCAGAUAUGGAUGGCAGAAGGCUUCCUUCUAUCAUCUGGUGAAAGAUCCAUGGAAGAUGUUGGAGACGAGUAUUUUAACAAUUUGUUGUCUCAUUCAUUACUCCAAAAUGCAGAGAAGGAUGAGUUCGACGGGAUUAAGAAGUGUCAGAUGCAUGAUCUUGUACAUUUACUUGCAGUAGCUGUUGUUGACAAGGAAGAAUGCUUAAUUAUGAAGGCUGAUCAGGUUGUAGAUAUUUCUGAAGUUCGGCGUUUGCAUUUAGUUUUUGAUGAUGGAAAUGGAAGAAUGUUUCCAGAAGCUGGGAAUAAUGCAACUAAAUUGCGCACAUUCAUUGCCAUUGAAGUAGGAGACUGUGGAAGAAUUGAAAGUGUGUUCAGUAACAUUAAUUUGCGCAUAAUAUACUUGACUGGCUCAUCGAUUCAGAAGUUACCAGCUUCACUUUCAAAGUUGAGACAUUUGAGGAAUAAAGGCCUUGCCAAAGUCAGUUACUACUCUCUCCAACAUGCGAACAUUGAAUAUCUCUUAUUGCGAAAAUUUUGA